CGGCGCCGAGGAGGCCUCGCCGCCCGCCGCCGAAGACGGGCGGCUCCGGCACGGAGCCAAGCGGGUGACGUUCCCCUCCGACGAGGACAUCGUCUCCGGGGCGGUGGAGCCCAAGGACCCCUGGAGACACGGGCGACGCCGUUGGUGUCGCGGCCCCUGGAGCAGCUGCGGGAAGCGCUGGGCUCGGUCCUCAUCGAGACGACUGAAGGCUUCGGCGCCGCGCGAUGGCUUUCGUUUCCAGGAACUGAGUCUCCCAAGGCUUCGGUUGCAUCUCGAAUGUUAUUUAAAAUGCCUCGCGGUGCUGCAUCUUCGAAAAGUUCUCGGCUGCGCCGUCCGGAAAGGCUUCAGCGGCGCCGCGGAGGCGGCGGGAGGCUGGUGGGAGCGAUGUCUGGGCUCUGCAGGGACGAGCUGGCCUGUGGGGAGAGACGCCGGCGAGGACGAGCGAUUCCCAGUCGGAGCAGAUCGGCUCUGCGCUUUUCCGCUCGUGCCUCCCCGGCGCUGCGAUCGCCUCUGCUCGAAGCCGAGGGCAAACGAAGCCUCGUGCUUCUCGCAGGCCGAGAGCGCCGGAGACGGGAGCGCGGCGUCCCCGCGGGCCUCCCCUGCCGCCGCCGGAGCCUCGGAGCGCGUGGGAGCUGCCGUCCUUGAUCCCUGCCUUGCUCGCGUCCAGCUGGCAGCGAUGUUUUUGUGCUGCCGGCUCUUCCCACCUCUUCGCUUGCUGAGAAGGAUGGAGGUGAUGCAGAGCGCGUGUCGGCGGGGGUGCGUAACCCCGAAACACGAGCUUCCCCCCUUCUUCCCGUAUCCUCAGGCUUAGCGUUACUUAAAAAAGCAGCCCACCCGCGUCAAAAAGCGAAUGUCUCUCCCUUAAAUCUUCUCCCCAGCGUUAACGAAGUUUAGCCUUCCCGGAAGAGGAGGGAGGUGACUCUUAGCUCUGCGCUUCCAAGGUCUCGAGGGUUAGGUAACGCCUCGUGCGACUCUUCCCGUGUGGUUUCAUCUCCACCUCUGGAUACGUCCCCCUCGGCUCCGCUGGAAUCAGACUAAUCCUAAGCCCGGAUCCUCCGUGAGCCCGGGCACCGCUGCGUGACCCGCGCAGGAGGAGCGCGCUCUCGAGCGAAAGGGAGAAGGAACCGGGAAAUCGGACAAACCAGCCCUGGCAGUUCCUGGAAAAAUACCGGGCAAAUAUCGAAUGUUCUGUUAUCUUGCAAAUGGAUAAGUAACAGCCGGUGUUGACUUGUUGGUAUCGGAUCGCGUUAAGCUCCCCGGUCGCAGAGGGAACGGGGCUAACAGGCCUCGCCGAAACGCGGAAGCGUUUCUCGGGACGCUGAGGAGGCGCGUGGCCGUGAAGCCACUGCCUGGAGCAACAAAACCAGGCGGAAAGCUGGGCUUUGGGCUCCUCUGCCGAGCUGCCGUGGCGGGAUGCCGUCGGGGCUCAGCUGGGCUGUCGCUCACCUCGCGACGGGGGCGGCUGCAAACCGGAGCGCGCUCUCCGAACCGUGCCGGGAUAAAACGGGAGACGCCGCGAAAGCCUCGGAGGGCGGCGGCGGCGGAAGGCGAGGCUGAUAAGCUGGGGAAACGGCCUGAAGAUUACCCAUUAAUCAGAGUCCAAAGGGCUGCGCCUAGGCGGGGGCACCGGCACGGCGGUGGGAGCGGCGGCCGCGCUGCCGCGGAGGCCCCGGGUCGCGGCGGGUCGCGAGCUGCCGACGUCGCGCCGCGUGUCCGGCUGAUCCGCAGCGACCUCGGCGGCACGGAGAGCUCCGUCCCGCCUCGAAUGCCGCUUCAAGAAAAAUAUCGAGAGGGCUGAGAGAGGAGGAGCAGCAAGACCGAUCGCGGGUCGGGGAAGCGAGAGCCAGCAGAAAGACCGAAAGAAUCGAAUUUACGCCGUUCGCGGCGGAAAAGGCCGAGGAAGGACAGGAGAACAGUCCUGAGAUGCAUUAAAGGCUGUUGCACGGUGAAAGGGGACGAACUGUCCUUCCUGGCUGCUUUGUGCAUGGCAAAAACAUGCAUAAGCCAGAAAUUGGGUUCUCUGUUGGGUUUUCCCCGUCCGCGGGUGACGUUACACCGGCUCCGGGAGCAGCCGGACCGAGUUCUGUCGGAUGCGGCGUAAAACAUGGUCGAUCUCAUUAAGCAGCACAAACAACUUUUUUUUAUUAUUACUAUUACUACUUUUGCUUGGCUUCAGCCAGCGAGCGGGAAGCCGGGGUGGGAAACGUUACUAAACACAAGCUGUUUUUCUUUUAGAGAGGCUUGUCCCCUGCGCCCGCGAGGGCUCGGGGCGACGACGUGCAGUAACAUGCUUUAACGAAGAUUUUUGGCAGCAGGACGUAAUAAACGUUAUACCCAGCUCGCGUCUGCGGCCCCGGCGCCAGGCUGCGACUGCUCGCGGAGGAGGCAGAUGUAAAUCGAGGGCUUCCUGGGCCGGAUGCUUCCGAAAUUGCGAUUCCUUAGUGCCGUAGCUAACGCGGAUCCUGAACUGAUGAUCUUGUUGGUUUUUUCUCCUGUAAACACCUUGCGUCUCAUUGCCAGAUAAUCACACGAGCGCCUGGCUGAAUUCGGUGGGAACCACUGAUUCACGUAAUUCCUAAUUUACGCUGCCCUGGUGCAAGAAAUGCGAAUCGGGAGCCGUUGAUCUUAAAAACGGAUUUCUGGUUUUUGUAGGAUAUUAAAACACUUUGUUUAAAGCCAUUUAAACUGAAACUUCGGCCCUCGAGGGUGUCAGGCACGAAGGGACUGAAGCUGCGGCCAGUCUUCAAGCGUCUCCCGUUAAAGCGUUGUGCUGAGAUUUCCAGUUUCGCGCUUCAGCUCAGAACGUGACUGUUGAUGAAAUCAUGACUGCCUACAAGCAAGCCUGUCAGAAGCUGAACUGCAAGCAGAUUCCCAAACUACUGAAGCAGAUACAGGAAUUCAAGGAUCUGGCUCCCCGGAUAGAUUGCUUGGAUCUGAAAGGGGAGAAGCUGGAUUACAAGGCCUGUGAGGCACUGGAAGAAAUUUUCAAACGGGUCCAGUUCAAAAUCGUCGAUUUGGAGCAAACGAACUUGGAUGAAGACGGCGCCUCGGCGUUGUUCGACAUGAUCGAGUACUACGAGUCAGCCACGCACCUCAACAUCUCCUUCAACAAGCACAUCGGCACCCGCGGCUGGCAGGCGGCUGCGCACAUGAUGAGGAAGACCAACUGCCUGCAGUACCUGGACGCCCGCAACACGCCCUUGCUGGACCACUCGGCCCCCUUCGUGGCCCGCGCCCUGCGCAUCAGCAGCAGCCUCGUGGUCCUGCACCUGGAGAACGCCAGCCUCUCCGGGCGCCCGCUCAUGCUGCUGGCGACGGCCCUGAAGAUGAACAUGAACCUGCGGGAGCUGUACCUGGCCGAUAACAAGCUGAACGGGCUGCAGGACUCCGCUCAGCUCGGCAACCUGCUGAAAUUCAACUGCUACAUACAGAUAUUGGACCUGCGCAACAACCACAUCCUGGACUCAGGCUUGGCUUACCUCUGCGAAGGGCUGAAGGAGCAGCGGAAAGGGCUGGUCACCCUGGUUUUGUGGAAUAACCAGCUGACUCACACCGGCAUGGCUUACCUGGGCAUGACGCUGCCUCUCACGCAGAGCCUGGAGACCUUGAACCUCGGCCACAACCCCAUCGGGAACGAGGGCGUCCGCAACCUGAAGAAUGGGCUCAUCGGGAACCGCUCGGUCCUUCGCCUGGGCUUGGCGUCGACCAAGCUGACGUGCGAAGGCGCCGUGGCGGUGGCGGAGUUCAUCGCCGAGAGCCCGCGGCUCCUUCGCCUGGACCUGCGCGAGAACGAGAUCAAGACGGGGGGCCUCAUGGCGCUCUCCCUGGCCCUGAAGGUCAACCACUCGCUGCUCAGGCUCGACCUGGACCGGGAGCCCAAGAAGGAGUCCGUGAAGAGUUUUAUUGAAACGCAGAAGGCUCUGCUGGCGGAAAUUCAGAACGGCUGCAAGCGCAACUUCAUUCUGGCCAAGGAGAAAGAAGAAAAGGAGCAGAAGCUGCAGCAGUCGGCUUCGAUGCCGGAGAUCACCGUGACGGAGCCUCUGGAGGAGGGACCCGCGGAGAACAGCCCCGACGACAGCGCAGCGUCCAGCCCCGAAGAGGGGGAAGAGGUCGAGGAGGCCCUGGCGUCCACGGAGAACGGGGACGCGGAGCGGGCAGCGAGCGACGACCGGGAUGGCGUGACCGACUCCGACUCGGAUACGGAUGAGGAGACGGACCCCGGGUUAGAGACCAAGGACUUCAGCCAGUCGCAGCAACCAAGCGACUCCGAUCACGUCGCUCGCGUGCCCCAGCCGCUGCUCUCCUCCGAGAAGCCGAGGGCCCGGCCUCCGCCCUUGCACGCCGCGGAGACGUCGCAGCGCGAUCCCGCGGGAGCGGGCGGCUUGGGGAGCCCCGCCGGCUCGCCGACCUGCGCGGCCUCCCAGGGCAACGAGAGGAGGAUUUCCGUCUCCAGUCCUGGCCGAGGCCACAAGAUCUUCGUGGUGACGCGCGUGGAGAGCCUGCCGGAGCGGACGCCGGAGAACACCACGUGCCCGCGGGAGACCGCGGCGAAACCGGCCGAGCCCCAAACCCAGCUGCCGGCCCCCAAAACUGAACUCUCGGACUCGCGGGCGAACGGGACGGUUUCCGAGCCGGCUGCCAGCUCGGAAACCCCGCCGGUGGGGCGGAGCGGCGGCUCGAGCCCCGAGCGGAGCGGCCCUGCGCCCUGCGAGAACGCCAUCCACGACACUCCGCUCCCCAACGGGCUGAAGACUGAUUUCGCGCGGGCGCUGCCGGACGCGGACGGCGACGGGAAGCUUGGGAGCUGCGCCGUGGAGCACGAGCUGAACUGCUCCAAGAACGAGAAGGAACUGGAGGAAUUGCUCCUGGAAGCCAGCCAGGACACGGGGCAGGAGCCGCUGUGACCGCCGAUCCUCGGCGGCGCUCGGCAUCGACGUGAGGCUCCCGGGGAGUCGCCGGUGGAGCUCGAUUCUCUUCCCGCUCCACGCGGUCAAGAACCAAACCUCGGUCUUCAGUGCAAAGGUUCCUUUCUUUCCAGAACAGUCUCUUUCCUGCCCUAAACUCUUCCCCGCGUUCUCGACUCGCCUUCCCUGCCGGGAAGGACUCCGAUGUUCCCAGGGCCGUGGAGGAAGGGAAGGAGACCGGAGAAAUCACCGAAACGGAGACCUCCCUCCCUUUGUCUGAGAUAUUUCUGCCCUUCUCUAGACACUAGCUGAUCCAUUUGCGUUUUUUCUCUCUUUCUCCGGAAUUACCACUCGUUACCGCGUCAGUUGUAAGGAGGCGAUGCUCCGGGGCGGACGCCCGGGGCGGCUCUCCCCGAUCCGCGGGGGAGACGAGAGCCGGCGCCUCCCGCACACUACAAGGGGCCCCGGGGUCCGGGGAGGCUUCGCACGAGCCGCGUUUCGGGAUGAAAACUCGCCUGCAGGACACGACUCUGUUCCCUGGAGGAGAGAGGGAGGCACGGACACGCUGUAGUCACCCGUUGAGGAACUUAUAUCACUAAACGAGAUAUCCAGGACAGGCUGCGUUUGCAGCCGCAAUGGUUAUUUAUUUUAAAGUCCCUUUUUUGGUAUAUAUUUAUCAUGAGCUGCAAAGUUACCGGGUGGGGAUUUGACUUAAAGGACCAUGUAGAAUUAAUUACUUUUAGUCUAACCUGCAACCUUUUCUGGACUUCUGCUCUUGGUUUGCAAAACUCUGCCAAAAAAAAAAAAAGCAAAAAAAAAAAAAAAAAGCAAAAAAAAGAAAAAGCACCAUCGGAAGAGCCUCCCCCCCCGCAGCCCCUCGGCAAAGCGGGGGCCGAGGCUCCGAGCCGGGUCGGGAGCGGCGCGAGCUCCGGGAGACGGUUUUCUCCCCCGGGAUGAUGCACCGGCCGCGUGGAGAAAACCUCGGUUUUUACCCCGUUUGGGGACCAAGCCGGGAAGCCGGGGCCGGGUCGGCCGGAGGCUGCGGCGCUCCGGGAGCACCUCGAUCCCGUUUCCACCCUCCUUCCCCCGUUCCGGCUUUCCGCUCCGCUGCGUCCGGCUGGGGAACCAGGAUUUUAUUUCUCGGGACUCUGGAGCAGCUUCGCUCCGCUGGUCCGACCUCGAAUCGGUGUAAAAAGUCUUGCUUGGGAGACGCUCGCCCCUUUCACCAAAGCUUCGGACGAGGUUUUCCGCCCCGGCUCCGUCGGAGCAGCCUCGGAGCCGCCGGGAGCCUCGGGGCCGCCGCGGGAGCCGGCGCCGGGUUUUCUCAGGGAGGGACCUGUCGGCCGCCGCGGCGGGAGACGACGGCACCGACCGAACUCGGCAAACGGACCGUACGGACCCACCGGGGCCGCAGCCGCGCGGGGGCUGGCGGUAGGACUUGACGCUUUUUUUUUCCCCUUUUUUUCCCUUUUUUUUUUUUUCUUAAGUGCAAUAAAUCUAUCAGGGAGCUGAGGGCACUUGGCUGCGCGGGAUCAAGGCGGGAGAGGCACGCGUUCCGCUCCUCACGCACUGAGACGGAAUCACGGUGGGAAUCGCUGCAUUAACACUACAUGCGAAGGAGGGUGAUUUAUUCGCUGACGUUCGUCCUUUCUUUCAGUCGUGGUUUUUUUUUUGUUAACACUGUUUUCUAUUAAACGAAACCCGCUUUCGUCACCGACUCCUCCUGUCUCUUUGGUACCUAGGGACGUCGCUCGGGUUUUUCCCCGCUCGCCGGGGCCGGGGGAUGAUGCCGGAGCUUCGCCGGGAGCCGCUCGGCAUUGGCUUCCCGCGCCAUCCCGGCUCGGCCGGGAUUUUUGGAGCGCCGAAGCCCCGGGGCAGCGGUUUGGCUCGGAAACGGCACGAAUCGGCACCGCCGCUUGCAAUAUUUUGCCGGUCUUUGCUCCAUCCCCGGAUCCGGCGGCGAUGGGGGCCGUUUUACCAAAGAGGGUUGUCGGAAGGGCUGCUCGCGGGGCGCCGCGUCCGCCCGCGUUGGGGUUUCUUGUAACGCGCUCGGUGGAAUAAAGGGUUUCCGAAUUUC